GAAGAUUUUUGGAGGCAAAAUAUCCUACGUUGUUUUGGACACCAUGUGCAGCGCACUGUUUGGAUUUAAUGUUGGAAGAUAUUUUCAAGUUGCCUAAUAUGAAGAAGACAUUUGAGAGAGCUGUUAUGGUGAAUAGCUAUAUUUAUACUCGUUCGGGUCUAGUAAACAUGCUUAGAAGGUUUACUGACAAGAAAGAGUUGUUGAGGCCUGCAAAAACACGGUUUGCAACUGCCUUUAUCACUUUGGGCAGGAUGCAUAGUCUGAAAAGCAACCUUAGAAGGAUGUUUACCUCCGAGGAGUGGAUGACAAGCAAGUGGGUAAAAGAAGCGGGGGCUAAAAAGGUUGUAGAAGUGAUUUUGAUGCCUUCAUUUUGGAACAAUGUUGUAUUUGCUUUAAAGGUGGCUGAUCCAUUGGUGCGUGUAUUGCGCUUAGUGGAUGGUGAGAAGAAGCCUGCUAUGGGAUACAUAUAUGAGGCCAUGGAUAGGGCCAAAGAAGCGAUUGCUAACUCUUUUAAUGGGGAUGAAAAGAUGUAUGCACCCAUUUUUCAGAUUAUUGAUAAUCGAUGGGAUGUUCAGCUUCAUCGCCCCUUGCACGCAGCUGGUUGGUACUUGAACCCAGAAUAUUUCUACAAGGCUGAACAUAUAGAUCCAGAGAUCAUGAAUGGCUUAUAUGAAUGCAUUAGAAAGUUAAAUCCAGAUAUAAAGGUUCAAGACCAAAUUGAUGUUGAGCUUUCGAUGUAUAACAAUGCAGAUGGGUUCUUUGGAAACUAUAUGGCUAUUAGAAAGAGAGCUGAGAAAUCACCAGCUGAAUGGUGGGCUUCAUAUGGAAUGUCAACACCCACGUUGCAAAAAUUUGCAAUUAAAAUUCUUAGCUUGACUUGUAGUUCAUCUGGGUGUGAACGUAAUUGGAGUGUGUUUGAAAAUCUUCAUACUAAACGGAGAAACAGGCUUGAUCAACUUCGUUUAAACGACUUGGUGUUUGUGAAAUACAAUAGAGCAUUGAGGCGUCGAUAUCAAAUGCGUGAUACCAUUGACCCUAUCAUAUUGACUGACAUUGAUGAAAGCAAUGAAUGGUUGACUGGAAAACUUGAUGAGGAGAAUGAUAAAGAUGAUGAAACUGUUUUUCCAGAUGACAUUGGGGAUGGGUUGACAUGGAGUAAUGUUGCUGCAGCUGCAGGAUACAGAAGGGGUAAGGAGAAUGUAGUGGCCGAUGCCCUUUCAAGACGAGAUGAGAAUGCAGCCUGUCAAUCUAUUACAGCUAUGGUGCCAGAGUGGAUGAAGGAGUUGGAAGAAAGCUAUGAAAAAGCUAAGUAG